UGUUAUUGUUAAUUGAGGUGUUUAAAUUCUCUUUCGUCUUAUUCACAGACUAUAAUAUGAUGGGUCUUAUUCUAUGCUUUUCUCGUUAGAGUAAAAGUGUCCUGUACAGUGUACUGUGGCCUUUUUGUUUUUUGUUUGCUUUGGGUAUAAACUUGUAUUUAAAUUUUUAUUUUUAGCAAAAACGUCUAAUUUAUUACGAAAUAACUUUUGUGUCUUAUCAAUAUUAUGUCAAAGUAUACAGUAUUCAAUUUGCAUCGCCGUAUAGCGGAAGAAAGCCAACUUCUUGCCGAAGAAAAAUGGUUGAUCAAAACCCUAGCUAAAAUUAAAAAUGAGCGCAACAGUCUUCAGAUUGAAAGGCUAGAGUUAGAGAGUAUGAAACUAAGACAAAGUGGAACUCUAACUUCUAAUGUCAAUGACACUGCCUCUACGAAAUCUGUUGUUAAUCUAAUGCACAAUGCUCAAAGCGCACACAGUGGUGAUCAGAUAAUAUUUGACUGCAUUGAGAACAAUCGUGGUAACAAUGAUUGCAACACAGAACCACUUAAUCUGAGAGUUACUAAUUCUGUAUUUGGUGAUAUGUGCCUUGAUGAAAAUUGUUUUGAGGAAGAAGAAGAUGAUGAUGAAGAUGAUGCAGCAAUGGAUAUGAUAAUGGAUAUAAAUAUGAUGAUGAAUGGACAAUCAAAGCAGUAAUAAGAUAAAUAUGGGUCAAGCUAGCUGCUAAAAGCACUGAAAGGCUUUUAAAGUCUCUGGUGUAUGACAAGUCGAGAAUUAUAUUUUCAUCUGAAUAUAAUGACAACACUAAUAAAGAUUUGUGCAUAUUUCGUGUUCUGUAGUGGCAAGAAGGUUUAAUUUAAUUUUACAAUAAAUAUUGUUAAUUAUGA